AAUCAAAGCUUUACCCUCAAGGCUUGACCUUGAACCCUCCAGAAGACGCGUAGUUGAAAGAGACGAUGAAACAGAAGUGAUUCCAUUUUCUCGCUCCUUCAACCCCGUAUCUUGCAUUACCUCAGUGCAUUUCUUUUCUUAUUCUUAAUUUUUUUUUGUCAAGAUUGCUCCUUGAGUGGCUGGGUUAUAUCUUGUUGGUCGUCAGCUUAGAGUUUUGAGCUUAUUCUGCUAAGGAUUUCAACUGAGAAGAAAUUGAAAUCGGGAAACCGUCGGUCUUUAACUUUCCAGCUGGAAUUCAGCCAUGAUGGGACGUCAGUCUAGCAAAACGAAAGGGGGUAGUCCAGAACCAUCAUCCCAAGUCAAACCAGAUUUGCAGUUGGAAGCUGACUUGAGCUCCUACGAGGCUGCUUGUAGACAUGAUUCAACUCUGCAAAAUUUCGAUGCAUUACUCCAGGAACGUACUAGCCACGUCAUCAGCACACUUGCAGCCGGUUCGGGUGUUCAGUCCAUGUCCUUUAACUCACUCAAAGUGGUUACUGGCAGUCUUCUUGAAACCAACCAGGGAGUGGCCAAAAUCAUUUUAGAAAGUCAGAGAGAUAUAUGGAACAAUCCGGACUUGUUUUCUUUGGUGGAGGAAUACUUUGAGAACAGCAAAAAGACUUUAGACUUUUGUACUGCCCUUGAGAAUUGUCUCAAACGUGCUCGAAACAAUCAGUUAAUUAUUCAGUUAGCUGUUAAUUGUUUUGAUGAAGAGGUAGGAUUAGGAGUUGGGCUUGAGGGGAAGAAAUUUGUGAAGACGUUGGAAGAACUAAGGAAAUUCAAAGCUGCUGAAGAGCCAUUCCCCAAGGAGUUCUUUUUACUGUUAGACUCGGUCGGUAGACAGCAGGAAUCAAUGCUGGGGAAGUUGCUGGCACGGAAGAGAAAGCUCGAUAAGAAAUGGAAAUCAAUGAAAACAUGGAGGAGGGUAUCAAAUGUGUUGUUUGUAGCUACGUUUGUCUCUGUGUUGAUAUUUUCUGUGGUGGCAGCAGCCAUAGCUGCACCACCUGUUGUGACAGCUUUGGCAGGGGCAUUGUCAGUUCCUAUAGGUUCAGUUGGAAGAUGGUGCAACUCGCUUUGGAAGCGCUAUGAGAAAGAGGUGAAAGAGCAGAUGGAAAUAACAACUACAAUGGAUUUCUUUACUCGUAUUACAAUCUAUGAUAUAGAUGACAUAAGGGUGCUUGUUAGCCGAUUGGAGAUCAAGAUUGAGUCACUGUUGCAGACUGCUGAUUUUGUACUUGGACAAGAAGAUUCUUUGAAGCUUGCAAUGGAUGAGAUCAAGAGAAAGCUGGGAGAAUUUAUGGAAAUCAUCGAGAAAUUGGGUCAACAAGCUGAUAAGUGUAGCCACGAUAUUAGGAUGGCGAGGGCAGUGAUUUUGCAGCGGAUGAUGGGACAUUCUAGCACAUCGACAACUGGAGAAGGCCCUUGGGAACUCUAACAAUGACAUACCUCACCGUGCUCAUGUUGUACCGAUUUUAUGCUCCAGGUAAUGGAAUUCCACCUCUAUUCAUCAGGUGAGUAUAUGUGAAAUUGAUCCUAUAUAGUAACUAUCUUAUUCAACCGAUCUAAUUUUGUUUCAUCCUUGGACUAGACUUAAUUGGGUCAUUUGGUUGAAUGAAAAACAUUCAGUUGGGAAUUCGUUUGCUUAUUUUAUUAAACUUCCCUGCUUUUACCC